AUGUCAAACGAAUCGUCACCAGAAUUAGAAUCGUCGGUAAGGCAUCGAAGUCUGUAUAAAUUCACAACACCUCCGUGGAAAGAAACUUACCGUCAGAAAUGCCAUGAACGUUUGCAAAAUAGUCGUCAACGUCUUUUUAAUAAAUUCAGAGGACUUACCAUUGAAACUGAUGCAUUUCAAAAAGAUGCUAUUGAACAAAAGAUAAAACAGAUAAUGGAAGAAGAGUGGACAAAGAUGCAUAAUAGUUCUAUUAGUAAUAAAUCUUUUGAGGAAAUAGAAGAUGAUUUUAAUUCACUACUUUCAUUUAUGGAUACAGUUCAAAAAGAACUACUAGAAGAAGAAGAAAGAAUUAUAAGAGAAUAUCAAGAGGUUUUAGAAAUUGAAGAAUCAUCAGUGCAGGAAACUGUAAAAACUUUGGAAACAAAUUGUGUGAUUUGUCCAAUUUGUCAAAAGAAUUCUUUAACUCAGCUGCAUUCAAAGAUAAUCUGCAAAUGUGGAUUAAAUAUAGAUACUGAGCAGGAUUGUCUGUCCUUGGAAAAUUUGAAAGAGCAACUUCAAGAAGGAAUUUCAAGUCAUAAUCAAAACUGUUACAAUAUUCCAAAAUUUUCUACAACUAAUUAUUGUGGAAUUGUAAAUUUGAUCAUGACUUGUGAGGAGAAUCCUAAAUCUGUCUCUAGUGAAGUUGGAUGA